AUGGCCGUCUCGGAGUCGUACGACACCGUGCUGCCAGCGGACUCCGUCGAAUUCUGUCCUCACGAAGAUUCUCGGGAUAUCUUUGUUUGUGGAACAUACAAGCUGGAACAUGAACGGGCCGCCGAUGUUACCGUGAGCCCGAAUGAAACCGCGUCGGAACCAGAGAGUUCCGGCCAGUACCGUUGGGGAAAAUGCUUCGUAUUCAAAGUGACAGAUACAAAGGCCAAGCUCACCUUGAUCCAAGAGAUGACCUUGUCCGCAAUCCUCGAUCAGAAAUGGUGCCAUAGAUCACGAACGAGUACUGCAAUUUUAGGCAUUGCCGAUUCAGAGGGGAGAAUAUCUGUUCAGGAGUGGCAAUCUCAAAAUCACGCUUUUCGCUGCUUACAGAAGAUAUCCUGCGCUUCCGCGGACGUUUUAUGCUUGUCGUUGGAUUGGUCCAAUAGGCGUUAUCCAAGUGAUCAUCUGGGAUCGUUAAUCGUGUCUCUUUCAGAUGGAUCCCUUUGUCUUCUAAAUCCUUCCUCUCCACAUGGCCUUGUUGUAUCUGAUGUGUGGAAGGCACAUGUUUAUGAACCUUGGGUCGCUGCGUGGAAUUAUUGGGAGAGUUCCGUAGUGUAUUCUGGUGGUGACGACCUGAAUCUGAAAGGUUGGGAUGUCCGUCAGCCCCUGCACCGCCCAAUAUUUGCCAAUCGAUCCAGGUUCGAUGCCGGAGUGACUAGUGUUCAAAACCAUCCAUACGUCGAGCAUCUACUUGCAGUUGGCAGUUAUAAUAACGCCGUCCGGCUUUUCGAUAUGCGGAAGCCCUUGUCGGCCCUCAUCACCAUGGAUGUUGGUGGGGGUGCUUGGCGUGUCAAAUGGCAUCCAUUACCAGAGCGCAAGAAUGAUCUUCUUGUUGCAUGUAUGCACGAUGGUUUCAAGGUUGUCAGCACAGACCUCAAGGAAAUCACGAUGUCCUACGGCAUCGGAAAAUGCUUUGAUCAGCAUGAAUCACUGGGUUAUGGUGUAGACUGGUCUUUUCACGAAGAUGUCCACGAGGAGACAUUGAUUGCAAGUUGUUCGUUCUAUGAUCAUAAGUUGUGCCUGUGGUCUGGGUAA